AUGGGCCUGAUACCGAAAAGGGCGGGUGCAAUACUGAAAGAGGGAUACCGAAGGGAGCACCAGAUCACAGGCGCCGGGACGGUCAAUCAAUUGCUGUUUGCGUCUCACGAUAAGAACACCAAAGGCAGAGAAAGCGAACAGCCCGAUAGAUAUAACCAGAGCCGGAAAAUCGAUUCAAGCAACAGAAAUUCUAGAACUUUGUUCCACCUACAUGGGGAGAGCAUGAUGGGGGGAUUAGCACAACGCGCAAUCGUCCGUCUGAAUGGGGAAGGCACACAACAAAUUCGGCUUACCUCACCACCCAUAGAUGAUCUAAUCCACUCCGCGUACGGAGUAUAUGACUGGGGAACGAACACUACCAUGCCCUCAACCAUUCGUCGCAUGCGAAUGACAUGUCGUCGUCUUGGCUUGGCUGGAUCUCUGCUACGCGGGGCUCUUGAGGAUCACCCGCCGUUAGAUCCAAUGAGUGAGCCCUAUCGCAGUGCGGAAGCAGUGAUUCGGAACUGGACGCCAGGGAGGCAGUUAACCUUGGCUAGCAAACAAGGAAAUGCCGACCCGGAUCAAUUCUAUGGCUUUCUGCAAAAGAGGAGAAGGGGAGGAACUAAGCAGCAAGAAGAACCGGCGAAACCGAUAGUGGCCUGCUCAGGUGGCUACCGCCAUGAGGCGAAGCAAAGCCGUGAUGGACAGAAAUAGAUGAGACAAUUCUCUGAGGCGAAACAAAAAUAUUCCAUCCAUAUUUCGGCAGUCCCACACGGCAGCAGAGGUUUAAACAAAGGUUUACUAUAAUGUCAUCAGUGUUUGCAACGUUCGAAGCAGUCUAUGAUGCUAGUAACUGGGGAUGGAGUCCAUAAUAGUGGGGCAAUGUCACAGACUGACUGGCAACCACAGCGCAGGCUACUAUAUUUAC